AUGAAGUGGACUAUUGCUUUGUUGGCCAUCUUUGGGCUUUCAGAAUGCUUGCUCAAGAUCCACUUAUACAAGGGCAAAUCUGCCCGAGAUGCUCUGCAGGAGAAAGGCAUACUUGAAGAGUUCACGAAGAUGAAUCCCUACAACCCAUCCAUCAAGUUCAGCUCCAAUUUGGCCCAAAUUGCUAAAAAACCUCUCACCAAUGACUAUGAUCUCACUUACUAUGGGAUUAUCUCCAUUGGAACUCCACCCCAGUUCUUUAAGGUUGUCUUUGACACUGGCUCCUCCAACCUCUGGGUACCUUCUGUCUACUGCAAAAGCUUUGCCUGCUCUAACCACAAUAAAUUUAACCCGAAUACGUCAUCCACCUACAGGAACACCUCCCGGACCAUCUCUGUUCAGUAUGGCACGGGUGCAAUGAGUGGAAUCCUUGGCUACGACACAGUCACUGUGGGUAGCAUCGUGGACACCAACCAAAUCUUUGGCCUUAGUAUGAAUGAACCAGGAAACUUCUUCCACUAUGUGCAAUACGAUGGAGUUCUUGGACUUGCCUACCCUGCAAUCUCUGCUUCUGGGGCAACUCCAUUCUUUGACAACCUGAUGAGAAAGGGUCUUGUCAGUCAGAAGCUUUUCUCUUUCUACUUGAGCAGGCAUAGCCGGGCAGGCAGUGUGGUGACCUUUGGUGGAUAUGACCCGGCCUACUACAAUGGCAGCAUCCAAUGGAUUCCUCUGAGUUCAAAGACCUACUGGCAAAUCACUGUGCAGAAUGUCAAGGUCCAAGGACAGGUUGUUGCCUGUGUGCACGGCUGUGAGGCUAUUGUGGAUACAGGCACCUCAAUGAUUAUUGGAGAUUCCAACAAUAUUAACAACAUUCUGGCUAGGGUUGGAAUGCACAAGGAUCAGAAUGGGAAGUACUCUGUGAACUGCAAAAACAUUGCCUCAAUGCCUGAUGUCACCUUCGUCAUCAAUAGAGUUGAAUUUGCUCUUCCUGCUUCUGCCUAUGUAGUGCAGACCAGCUCUAGUUGUUCAUCUGGCUUCAGCCCCAGCAAUUACCAGUUCUGGAUCCUGGGUGAUGUUUUCCUCCGAGAAUGGUACUCCAUCUUUGAUAGAGCCAACAACAUGGUUGGUUUGGCCAAGGCUAUUUAA